AUGCGGUUCCAGAGAGGAGGUUCAGGCAGGGAGGUACUUGGAGGAGGCCUUGGCAUAGGGGCUGGAGUUCUCCGAGGCAUUGAGGAGGUCCAUGUGGACACCAACUUGCUGAGGCCAAUACGGCUCCAGGUGGACCCCGAGUUCCAGCGAGUGCGCUCGGAUGAGAGGGAGCAGAUCAAAGCUCUGAACAACAAAUUUGCUUCAUUCAUUGAGAAGGUUCAAUGUCUGGAGCGGCAGAAUCAAGCACUCUUGGCCAAGUGGGAACUUCUGCAGCAGCAAAGCUCUGGCCCUGAGGAGAGCAGGAACAUCAACAGCUUCUUCCAGGCCUACAUCACCAACCUGCAGCGGCAGCUCGAGACGCUCCAGAGCCAGAAGGAGCAGCUGGAUCCUGAGGCCUACAACAUGCUCCAGCUUGUUGAGGAUUAUAAAAACAGAUUCGAGGAUGAGAUCAACAAACGCACAUCCAAGGAGGAGGAGUUUGUGGAGCUUAAAAAGGAACUGGAUAGUGCCUACAUGGGAAAAAUGGAGUUUGAUGUCCGAGCGGAUAUCCUGAGGCAGGAGCUGGAGUUCCUCCGGUGUUUAUAUGAAGCUGAGCUGUCCCAGCUGCAAACGGUUGCUGGGAACGUUGAUGUUGUUCUGUCCAUGGACAACCACAGGGACUUGAACAUGGAUGGGAUCAUCGAGGAGGUCAGGCGGGAAUACGAGGGGAUAGCCCACAGGAGCACAGCUGAAGUGGAUGCCAUGUACCGGGGCAGGUACCAGGACCUGCAGAACAUGUGGGUGAGUCAACAAGAGCAGCUGAGGAACAGUCACCAGGAAAUCCAGGAACUUGCCAGACACAUCCAAAGACUCCAACCAGAAAUUGAAAUUGCAAGGAAAAGGAAUUCCAGCCUUCGGGACUCCAUUAAAGAUGCUGAGCACCGUGGGAGCUCAGCCGUCAGGGAUGGCCAGGAAAAGCUAGAGGAGCUGGAAAAUGCCCUCCAACAGGCCAAGGAUGACCUUUCUCAGCUUGUCCGUGAUUACCAGGAGCUCCUGAAUGUGAAGCUGGGCCUGGACAUUGAGAUCGCCAUGUAUCGCUCACUCCUCGAGGAGGAGGAGAACAGGUGGGGGCAAAAUCCAUCCUGGGAUCCAGGAAGGAUCACCAGCCACGAUAUGGAGGCAGCAGCUCAGGAGGGUGGGGGUCCAGCUCUGGUGGUGGUGGUUCCAUGUCCGGAGGAGGAAAAGGCUCGGGAUCUGGAGGAGGAGGAAGCUCAGGCAGUGGAGGCUCCAUCUGUGGAGGAGGAGGAAGUUCAGGUGGUGGAGGCUCCAUGUCCAAGGGAGGCUCCAGCUCAGGAGGGUGGGGGUCUAGCUCUUGUGGUGGUGGUGGUGGUUCCAUGUCUGGAGGAGGAAAAGGCUCAGGAUCUGGAGGAGGAGGAAGCUCAGGCAGUGGAGGCUCCAUCUGUGGAGGAGGAGGAAGUUCAGGUGGUGGAGGCUCCAUGUCCAAGGGAGGCAGCAGCUCUGGAGGGUGGGGGUCCAGCUCUGGUGGUGGUGGUUCCAUAUCCAAGGGAGGCAGCAGCUCAGGAGGGUGGGGGUCCAGCUCUGGUGGUGGUGGUUCCAUGUCCGGAGGAGGAAAAGGCUCGGGAUCUGGAGGAGGAGGAAGCUCAGGCAGUGGAGGUUCCAUCUGUGGAGGAGGAGGAAGUUCAGGUGGUGGAGGCUCCAUGUCCAAGGGAGGCAGCAGCUCAGGAGGGUGGGGGUCCAGCUCUGGUGGUGGUUCCAUGUCUGGAGGAGGAAAAGGCUCAGGAUCUGGAGGAGGAAGCUCUGGCAGUGGUGGUUCCAUGUCCAAGGGAGGCAGCAGCUCAGGAGGGUGGGGGUCCAGCUCUGGCGGUGGUGCUUCCAUGUCCGGAGGAGGAAAAGGCUCGGGAUCUGGAGGAGGAGGAAGCUCAGGCAGUGGAGGCUCCAUCUGUGGAGGAGGAGGAAGUUCAGGUGGUGGAGGCUCCAUGUCCAAGGGAGGCUCCAGCUCAGGAGGGUGGGGGUCUAGCUCUUGUGGUGGUGGUGGUGGUUCCAUGUCUGGAGGAGGAAAAGGCUCAGGAUCUGGAGGAGGAGGAAGCUCAGGCAGUGGAGGCUCCAUCUGUGGAGGAGGAGGAAGUUCAGGUGGUGGAGGCUCCAUGUCCAAGGGAGGCAGCAGCUCAGGAGGGUGGGGGUCCAGCUCUGGUGGUGGUUCCAUGUCUGGAGGAGGAAAAGGCUCAGGAUCUGGAGGAGGAAGCUCUGGCAGUGGUGGUUCCAUGUCCAAGGGAGGCAGCAGCUCUGGAGGGUGGGGGUCCAGCUCUGGCGGGGGUGGUUCCAUGUCUGGAGGAGGAAAAGGCUCAGGAUCUGGAGGAGGAAGCUCUGGCAGUGGAGGCUCCAUCUGUGGAGGAGGAGGAAGUUCAGGUGGUGGAGGCUCCAUGUCCAAGGGAGGCAGCAGCUCCGGAGGGUGGGGGUCCAGCUCUGGCGGUGGUGGUUCCAUGUCUGGAGGAGGAAAAGGCUCAGGAUCUGGAGGAGGAAGUUCUGGCAGUUGUGGUUCCAUGUCCGGAGGUGGGCAGAGCUCCGGUGGUCAGAGAUCUGGCUCCAGUAGCAGCAGAUGCAGCUCCCAAAGUGGAGGCACGAGCUCUGGAGGUGGUAGCAGUUCUGGCAGGAGAGGUUCCAUCUCUGGAGGUGGCCAGAGCUCUGGUGGUCACAUAUCUGGCUCUGGCAGUGGCAGAUGCAGCCCCCAAAGUGGGGGGAUGA